GCCCUGUCUGUCAGAAGCCCACCGCUCCCGGAAGCAUAUUUUCUUGGCCAAUCCAAACCCAAGACGGCGCGCAUGGCGACCACCGCGGCGGCGGCGGCGGCAGCGGCAGCGUCGCUGAGAUGCUUCCCCUCCUCCUCCUCCUCCGCCCUCAGGAACCGCGGCCCUAUCAGCAAUCGCGGCGUUGGCGUGGUCGCGUUUUCUCCGCGGCGCUGCGCGUCAUCGGUGGCGGCCGUGGCGGCGCCGUCGCGGGAGGCAGAGCCGGCUUCCUCGCUCGGGGACCUCGCCCGCGUCGACUUCCCCAUCCUCGACCAGGAAUUUGAUGGUAACAAAUUAGUUUACUUCGACAAUGGUGCAACAUCACAGAAACCCUCUCACGUAAUGAAAGCCUUGGACGACUACUACCGAUUUUAUAAUUCAAAUGUUCACCGUGGCAUUCAUGCUCUGAGUGCGAAGGCUACUGCUGCGUAUGAGAAUGCAAGAAUAAAAGUUGCAAAUUUCGUCAAUGCGGCUGAUAGUAGAGAAAUUAUUUUCACUCGUAAUGCUACAGAAGCUAUCAAUUUAGUAGCCUAUUCAUGGGGCCUAUCAAACCUGAAACAAGGAGAUGAGAUUGUUCUUACAGUUGCGGAGCAUCAUAGUGCUAUCGUUCCUUGGCAAUUUGUUUCCCAGAAGACUGGUGCUGUCUUAAAGUAUGUUGGGCUGACUAAAGAAGAGGUUCCAGACAUUGAGCAGUUAAAAGGGCUUAUCUCAAGCAAAACGAAGAUUGUGGUUGUCCAUCAUGUUUCAAAUGUACUCGGUUCAAUGCUUCCUAUUGAGGAAAUUGUAACAUGUUCAAACAGAGUUGGAGCUAAAGUUCUUGUAGAUGCUUGUCAAAGUGUUCCCCAUAUGCCAGUUGAUGUUCAGAAGCUUGGUGCAGAUUUUCUUGUUGGAUCUUCGCACAAGAUGUGUGGCCCUACAGGCGUCGGAUUCUUGCAUGGAAAAUAUGAAAUCUUGUCAUCUAUGGAGCCUUUCUUAGGUGGUGGUGAAAUGAUUGCAGAUGUGUUCCAAGACAAAUCUACAUAUGCUGAGCCGCCUUCUAGAUUUGAGGCUGGAACUCCUGCAAUUGGCGAAGCUAUAGGAUUGGGAGCAGCAAUAGAUUAUUUGUCACAGUUUGGCAUGCAGAGGAUCCAUGAGUACGAGAAAGAGCUGGGGACAUAUCUUUAUGAGAGCCUUCUUUCUGUUCCCAAUGUUCGGAUCUAUGGUCCGUCUCCUUCUCAAAGCUGUCACCGUGCUCCUUUAUGUUCUUUCAAUGUUGAGAACGUCCAUCCAACAGAUAUCGCAGAAAUUCUUGAUCUCCAGCACGGCAUAGCGAUUCGGUCAGGGCACCAUUGUGCUCAGAUUUUGCAUCGCACACUCGGGAUCAACGCCAGUGCCCGUGCUAGCCUCCACUUUUACAAUACCAAAGAGGAGGUGGAUGUGUUCAUCAACGGACUAAAAGAUACCAUCGAGUUCCUUACUUCCCAACACUAGUACAGCUCAGUUAGAGCAACCUUCUGCUUCCUCCUUUUAACUGAACUGUGGUAUAGAAACCUAAGCCUGCUGUCUUUCAGGCUUUUCUUGUAAAUCAUUGCACAGUCCAGUUUAUUUAAUACUCUUCCACUUGUGGAGUUUCGAAAUAAGCAUGAUUGGUCAUGCCAGCUCUGGCAGCUCAAGUAAUUUUCUACAUAAACUUUGUUAUACAUACAUGUAUAUGUUUAUUACUUAUUAGCACUUUGCACAUGUAUGAGAUAAAAUGAAGUUCUGUAGGUUA